ACUACUGAAAACUAACAACAAUUUCUUCCUUCAGUUUAUGAAAUCACAAAUCAUCCAUGUCUUCCUCUGAAAAUUUCUGGAACGUUGAUUGGGAUGCUGAUCUUGAUGGUAUGAAAUUCUCCAACUAUACCACUCGUCAUUGGGAUGAUGAUCGUGAAUAUAAUUCUAACAUAUUCAGAAAUCACGACGUGUUCUUGAGUUUCAGAGGCGAAGACACUCGUGCAUCAUUCACUUCGCAUCUCUCUGCGUCUCUUCAAAAUGCCGGAAUUAACGUUUUCAAGGACGAUCAAUUGAUUCAAAGAGGAGAUCGCAUCUCAUCCGCACUACUUCGAGGGAUUUACGGUUCUAGAGUUUCUGUUAUUGUGUUCUCGGAAAACUACGCUGGUUCGCGAUGGUGUCUUCAAGAGUUGGUUAGAAUAAUGGAGUGCAAGAGAAAUGUUGAUCAGGUGGUAGUGCCUGUGUUCUACGGUGUAGAUCCGUCGGAAGUUCGCCGUCAAACCGGUGAGUUUGGAAAGAGUACUUUUGAAUUGGACGAAUACAUGAAGCAAAGUUGGAGAAAUGCGCUUCGUGAGGCCGGUGGCAUUGCAGGAUUUGUUGUCCAAAAUUAUAGGAAUGAAAAUGAGGUUAUCAAGGAGAUUGUUAAAAAUGUUACACACAUACUUGACAUACCAGACUUGUUCGUUGUUGAUAAUCCGGUUGGAGUUGAAUCUCGAGUGCAAGAUAUGAUCCAACUUUUAGAAACUCAACAAUCAAAUGAUGUUAAACUACUAGGGAUAUGGGGGAUGGGUGGAAUCGGUAAAACCACCAUUGCAAAAGCCAUUUACAAUAAAAUUGGCCGUGAUUUUGAAGGUAGGAGCUUUCUUGCAAAUAUUAGGGAGGUUUGGGAGCAAGUUCGUGGACAAAUAUCUUUACAGGAACAACUUAUGUACGAUAUUUUCAAAGAAACAACGAAGAUACAAAACAUUGGAUCAGGACAAUCUAUACUAAAGAGAAGAUUAUGUGGAAAAAGAGUAUUACUGGUACUUGAUGAUGUGAAUGAACUAGACCAAGUAUAUGCUUUGUGUGGAAGUUGUAAAUGGUUUGCUCCAGGGAGUAGAAUAAUCAUCACAACCAGAGAUAAACAUAUACUUAGAGGGGAUAGAGUUAACAAAAUAUACACAAUGAAAGAAAUGGAUGAAAGUGAAUCUCUUGAGCUUUUUAGUUGGCAUGCAUUCAAGCAAACGAGUCCCAAAGAAGAUUUUUAUGAAAUUUCCAAAUAUGUAGUUAAGUAUUCUGGGGGGUUGCCGCUAGCUCUGGAAGUCCUUGGGUCUUAUUUGUUUGAUAGAGAAGUAUCUGAGUGGAUUUGGGUAUUGGAGAAACUCAAAAGAAUUCCCAAUGAUCAAGUACAUAAAAAGUUAAAAAUAAGCUAUGAUGGUUUAAAUGAUCAUACAGAGAAAGAAAUAUUCCUUGGCAUCGCCUGCUUCUUUAUUGGGAUGGAUCGAAAUGAUGUUAUACAUAUAUUAAAUGGUUGUGAAUUUUUCGCAAAAAUUGGUGUACGCAUUCUUGUCGAGCGAAGCCUUGUAACUGUUGAUGAUAAGAACAAACUUGGCAUGCAUGAUUUACUGCGGGAUAUGGCAAGAGAAAUCAUUCGUAAGAAAUCACCAAAGAGGCCUGAGAAGCGUAGUAGGUUGUGGUUUCAUGAGGAUGUGCUUUAUGUUUUGUCAAAACAUAAUGGAAGAAAAGCUGUUGAGGGACUGGCUUUGAAGCUGCCAGGUCAUAGUACAAAACGUUUUAGUACCAAAGCAUUUAAAGACAUGGAAGAACUCAGAUUGCUUCAACUUUCUGGUGCACAACUUGAUGGAGAUUUUAAAUAUCUUUCAAGAAAUUUGAGAUGGUUGCGCUGGAAUGUAUUUCCUUUAUCAUGCAUACCUUCGAAUUUCUACCAAGGAAAUUUAGUUUCCAUUGAGUUAGAAAACAGCAAUAUCAAACUUGUGUGGAAAGAGAUGCAGAGGAUGGAGAAGCUGAAAAUUCUCAAUCUUAGUCAUUCACAUUAUCUGACUCAGACCCCCGACUUUUCAAACUUACCUAAUCUUGAAAAACUAAUACUCAAAGAUUGUCCAAGGGUGUCUGAGGUUUCUCAUAGCAUUGGACAUCUCAAGAAAGUUCUUCUGAUAAAUUUGAAAGACUGUAUUCGUCUUUGUAACCUUCCAAGAAACAUCUAUACGUUGAAAUCUCUGAAAACUCUCAUUCUAUCUGGAUGUUUAAAGAUUAACAAGUUGGAAGAGGACUUGGAACAAAUGGAAUCUCUAACCGCUCUGAUUGCAGAUAACACUACUAUAACAAAAGUGCCCUUUUCCGUUGUAAGGUCAAAAAACAUUGGAUAUAUUUCUUUGUGUGGAUACAAAGGAUUCUCCCGCGACGUGUUUCCUUCUAUCAUUUGGUCUUGGAUGUCACCGACAAAUAAUCUCUCACCCAAUGCCAUGUCAUCCCUUGUUUCAAUAAAUGCAUCAAAUAGUAUUUCCAACAAUCUAUCAUCUAUUUCCAGAGUCCUUCCUAAGCUUCAAAGUCUUUGGCUGGAGUGUGAAUCGGAUCUUCAACUAUCACAAGAUGCAGCAAUAAUUUUGAAUGCUUUAAGUGCAACAAGUUCUAAGGAAUUGGAAUCAACUGCAACUACAUCACAAGUACUAGAUGUAAAGACUUUUUCAUUAAUUGAAUGUCGCAGUCAAGUGCAAGUUUCAACAACAAAAACUUCCAUGAAAUCUCUUUUAAUUCAAAUGGGAAUGAGUUGCAUAAUCACCAAUCUUCUAAAGAAGAGGAUCUUACAGGUUUCACUCUCUUGUAUGCACUUAUUUAUUAAAUAAUUGAUAAGAUGAUAUUAAUAUAUUGUUCAAUCAAAUUUUGAGUCUGUCUUCACUAUUUAUAGAAUUUGUCUGUCGAAGGGUGUGGUAGUUUUUUGCUCCCCGGUGAUAACUACCCAGAUUGGUUAACUUUCAAUUCCGAAGGUUCUUCGGUAACUUUUGAAGUCCCUC